GCGGAGGAGAGAGACAGAUAUCUCACAGGAAACAUCAAGAGGUGCAGAGUCAUGAGGAAAGCUCAAAGGCGAUCAUCUAUGGCUGGAACUGAAAGUUCAGAGAAGCCAGUGUUGACACUGAAACUUCUUGUGGACAAGAAGAAGAACAAGGUUGUCUUGGCUGAGGCUGGUAAGGAAUUUGUCAAUGUACUCUUCAGCUUCUUGACACUGCCUAUGGGGACCAUUGUGAGAUUGCUGGAGAAAUAUCAGCAGAAUCAGAAGUCUCAAGACGCCACAAUCGGCAGUUUCAACAGUCUCUACAGAAGCGUUCUUGAAGCAAGCACCUCUAGUUUCAUCACAGAAGCUUGUAAGGAUAUUCUUUUGUAUCCGAGGAGUGUGCAUGAGAAUCAACGUAGACAGCUUAAGCUUAACAUAGAUGACACUGAUGUCCUCAAGUACUAUAUAUGCCCAAAUUCAGAUAGCAAGGAAUUUUGCCGUGCUGCAUAUAGUAACUAUUGCUCCUCACGAUGUUCUUGUGGAACACUGAUGGAAAAGAUUUUUGAAUUUGAAGAUUCUACAACAUAUCAAGACCUAUUUACCAGUGACAAGACCUUGUUCACCAUUACUGAUGAUAUGGUAGUAGGAUAUACUUCUAUGGGUCUCACCUUGAAGACACUUCAGGGGUUAGGUUAUGCUGAUCUUGAUCAGCUGCAUGAGAUACUUGUAGAUGUUGAUCACGAAAAGGUACUAGCUCUGCUGCAUUGCUUAUUUUCUUCAAAUACUCCUUUGACUGAUGUGUUCUUAAGGAAACGAAGCUCAUGUUUCAUUACAAAGAAGCAAAGUCUACCCUCGCAAGAAAGAAACGUAGGUAAAGUAAUUUCUGUCAGUGUGUUCACUAGGAAACUGGACCAGAAGAUUCUGUAUGUUGAAAGUGGAAAAGACUUUGUUGAUCUUCUUUUUACUUUCCUGGUUCUCCCUCUGAAUUCUGCUUGGAAACUAUCUGGAAGCAAUAUCGUGUUUGGAUGCAUCGGUAACUUUUGUGAAAGCUUCAAAAGCUUGAGCUCUCAAGAAGGAAGUACCACAUUGACUGGCAAUUGUGUUCUUCCUAAUUAUUAUAGUUGCCAGCAACCUCUGCUUCAUGUUUGUUACAGCGAAUAUUAUCGGGUUCUGGCAAAGACUAUAAAUCAUCAAUACUGCCAUUUUAAACCUGUGGAUCCAAGACGUAAUAGAUGGGACGCCAAUGCUGAAUCUAAUGGGUUUGUAAAGAGAGGGACAACCUUUGUGGUCUCAGACGACCUUACGAUCACACCUAUGAACUUAUCAUCAAACAUUUGCUCACUGAAGAAGUGGAACAUGGACUUGGGUGAUAUAGAGGAGCAAGUAAUUAAUAUCCGCGAAGGAGAG